AUGAAACCCCAUAUAACGCGAAACUUUCUGGAAAACGUGGACGCUCGCCGCAGUGGCAACAUCUCACGAACAGAUACGUUCGUCGCUAUAGGACAGCUACUUGCAUUCGACAACCAGAUGUCUGACCUGGCAGCUAGUUUUGUUCCUGAAGCAUACAUACCGGAGCCGUUUGCAGAAGGCAAACAAGGGGGUAUCAAGGAAAUGAUGGACGUCAUUUCCGAGGCUCAUUGGCAAAACCAGGAACUAUACCGCGCGUUUCUGGUGGUGCUGGCCAGGGCUAACCGCAUCGGCACGCGUAUCGAAUCGUGGUUGCUGCAAGUGAGUCUUGUGUUUGCGGACCAGCCGCAUUUCGUACAGUGGUUCAAUGCCUUCAUGGCCAAUGUCCCCAGCGAGAGAGUCUGCAUCGCCGCCGGUCUGAGAGACGACACCGACGGUUUAACCGAAGGUCAGGUCAAGUCGUUGACAGAAUACCGGUUUCGUCAUGCCAUUCGAUCACUGUGGGGUGAGGAUUCCACGCAGUUUCAGUCUUUACGGCGCAUGGAGCAGGGUAUCCUCGACGGAUCCCUCAGCCAGCCCCAGGCCAUGCUCAAUGCAAAGACCCUGUUCAUGAACCGUCCGGUCUUGUUCGUCGCCUUCAGACAUCAUUAUCUUCCCAAGUUGUUUCAUCGAAGAAAUGCCUUGAGUGCAUCGGCGUCUGCUUCCAGGUCCGCGGCGGGGCCUUCGAGAAGUGGCGGCGGGGGAUCGAGUUCCAAGGCGCCUCGUAGAUGA